GCCAGGGAUAGGGACAGGCUCUCCCACACCUGCUCUUUUCUUCAGAGAAGAGGAACCUGUGGUUUAGAAUGCGUUUGAAGAGUUGGAUGAAAUGUAUUUGAAGGAUACGAGGCGAUGAAUCUGGUGAAUCUGGUGUUUGUGGUGUGCUUAUCAGCGGAACAAUUAGAAGCAAUUCAUAUUCAAGACAAAAACCGCUAUUGCUCUGUCGUACGAUGAAGAGUCUGAAAAUGCCUAUGACAUCCGGCUGAAGCUGACCAAAGAGGUGCUGACAAUUCAGAAACAAGAUGUCAUCUGUGUGGGCGGAAGCCACCAGAGCAGGAAUAACUGUUACACUUCGCAGACAGCCAGUUGGCGGCUUGGGCCUGAGUAUAAAGGGAGGUUCUGAGCACAACGUCCCCGUCGUCAUAUCAAAAAUAUUCAAAGACCAAGCAGCUGACCAGACAGGGAUGUUGUUCGUAGGAGAUGCUGUUCUCCAGGUUAAUGGCAUACAUGUAGAAAAUGCAACUCAUGAAGAAGUGGUGCAUCUUCUGAGAAAUGCUGGCGAUGAAGUUACCAUCACCGUUGAGUAUCUCAGGGACGCGCCAGCAUUUCUGAAGCUCCCGUUAGGGUCUCCAGGGCCAUCCAGCGACCACAGCAGUGGGGCCUCCUCUCCCCUCUUUGACAGCGGUUUGCAUCUGAACGGAAACUCCAGUACCACAGCUCCAUCAUCACCUUCCUCGCCCAUAGCUAAGGACCCGAGAUAUGAAAAACGCUGGCUGGACACCUUGUCCGUGCCUCUGUCCAUGGCUCGCAUCUCAAGGUACAAAGCCGGAACGGAAAAAUUAAGGUGGAACGCAUUCGAGGUGCUCGCCCUGGACGGAGUCAGCUCUGGGAUCCUCCGGUUUUACACAGCCCAGGAUGGCACCGACUGGCUGCGGGCGGUCUCAGCCAACAUCAGGGAGCUGACACUUCAGAACAUGAAGAUGAUGAACAAAUGCUGCUCUCCUUUCGACCAGGUUGUGCAUAUGGGGUGGGUAAAUGAGAAACUCCAAGGAGCUGACUCCUCUCAAACCUUCAGACCCAAGUUCCUAGCACUGAAGGGCCCGUCCUUCUACGUUUUCAACACUCCUCCGGUGAGCACAUUCGAUUGGGUGCGAGCAGAAAGGACCUAUCACCUCUGUGAGGUGCUGUUUAAAGUUCACAAGUUCUGGCUCACAGAGGACUGCUGGUUGCAAGCAAACUUGUAUCUGGGUCUUCAAGAUUUUGACUUCGAGGACCAGAGGCCCUAUUGCUUCAGCGUCGUGGCCGGCCAUGGGAAGAGCCAUGUUUUCAAUGUGGAGCUUGGCAGCGAGCUGGCCGUGUGGGAGAAAUCCUUCCAAAGAGCCACAUUCAUGGAAGUUCAGAGAACCGGGUCCAGAACAUACAUGUGCAGCUGGCAAGGAGAAAUGCUGCGUUUCACGGUGGAUUUCGCGUUGGGAUUUACCUGUUUUGAGAGUAAGACAAAGAAUGUGCUCUGGAGAUUUAAAUUUUCCCAGCUUAAGGGAUCUUCAGAUGAUGGGAAAACUCGAGUAAAGCUGCUGUUUCAGAAUCUGGACACCAAACAGAUUGAGACAAAGGAACUCGAGUUCCAGGACCUGACGGCUGUCCUACACUGCAUCCACUCCUUCAUAGCAGCCAAGGUGGCCUCCGUGGACCCCGGCUUCAUGGACAGUCAGAGUCUUGCCAGAAAAUACAUGUACAGCAGCUAAAGGUUGUUUCUGUUGAGUGCUGAAAAAUUAAAUUAUUUUCGUAAGAAAUGAUUCUUUCCUGCACAAUAUUGUAACUUUGUGUUGUUUUAUAAUGAACCUAUAGUUGUGAUACCAAUAAAACAUGUCACUAGUUUCCAAAGACGGGUCCUCCUUGUUAAAUCUGACAUAGGGGAUGCCUGGUCCCCUCUUCCCACGAGUCUCCCCACAAUGAGGAGCCCCAGCGUCCCCCACACAAGUC